AUGGCAGCCUUCCGGAGGUCUCCAGGGAGCUCGCGACGCAAGCACGAGGCAGAAGAGUGUGAAGUCACAGGCACGCUGGGCAGUUGUUCAAAGCUGUUAGGUUCCCCAGAGUCUGCGCAGCGCUUUGCUGUGGCACGCUUCCUGCUGGCUGGGGCCAGCGACGUGCCGGUGGCGCUGGAGGCACCAACAGUUGGAUUUGUGGAUCUUAAAAGUCUUGAAAAACUUGAUGACUGGGAAUUUGUGCUGCGCUUCAGGCCCUGCUCCGGACCACAGAGGCGCGCAUCGCAGCAUCGCAUGCGUCGCAUGCGUCGCUGGCCGAGGGCAAGAGAAGCUCUCGAGCCCUGCGAGGCCUCCCUCAGGGUGGCCUUUGCACUUCUUGGCAUUCCGGUCCGGGAUCUACGCUACAUUCCCAGCCAGGAGCUGGUGCUGAACGGGAGAGACGUCCAUGGAUUGUUGCAGAAGAUCCUGAUAUCUGCAAGACAAGCAGCUCAUGGCAUGGAUGCCACGGAGGUCCAGGAUCUCCUGCAGCAGCUUCAAGACCAGCCACGGGCCCACUUCGAGCUGUGA